AGCGAUUUAGCUUUCUCCUAAAAGAAAAGAAAGAGCUUGGUAUAGUCAAGAACUGCUUUCUGGCUUUCUGGCUUUGAUCAUCGUUUUUGUUCUCCUUCUUCAUAUCUGCCUCUUCCCCUCUUUUUCAACAUGCGUCACACUCGCCGCUUAUUCUGUCACGUGCCUGCAGCGUAAAGGGAGGGAAGCGACCACUUGAGUGUAGGGCUUGUCGUUGUUGAUGAAGGUAUGUAUUACAAUUUUGAGAGAAUGGAGCAUGGAUACAUUCUUGCAUUGCCUGCCCCGAAACAGAAAGAAGAUGUGAUUAGUGAGGUGAAGUCCAAUUGGAAGAAGAGAGUAGUGGAUUCCAAGGUGACGACACCAGUUGAAGAUUACAUCCAAAGGAGUGGCAAUGAAAUUGGAACUGGAGAGACCAAACCCAAAAGAGAGUUUGAAUCAGCCACAUGGAUAAGUGCAAUUCCAAAGUAUGGAGAGGAAGUUGCAACAGGAAGCAGAAAAGCCAACCGGAAGAGAUCCACUAAGAAGAAUGCGUUGGUGGAAGAUAGCAUGGUUCUUCCUCUCUUUCAAAGCAAUAAUGAGAAUGUUGAUGCUGAUUUAAUAGAUUAUGACACUGAGGUUGGAUCCAUUGCAUUGCCAGAUUCGGGUAUAAGCUUCCUUAAGGAUAAGCCGCUACAGGAGAUUGGAAGUGAAUUUGAAGCUGGAAAUGUUAAAUUUGAGAAGAAAAAAAGGAAGAGAGCUGGUGACGGGAAGAUGCAAGAUAGUGGGAAUGAUGCUGAAGAGGCCGAUGCUAAGAAAGCAAGACCACUUGCUACUUUUAGAUACGUCUCCCCAUACUUUCAUAAUGAUGGUGGGAAGAAGAUUAAACAACUGGGAUUUGAAAGUUGUGAUGAUUCUGUUGCUCUGACUGCAACUUCUAGAGACUUCCCUGAAAAUGAACAGCGAGAAAGUGGAAAAGAUGUUGCAAACAUUGCAGUUAGGCCCAAAGGGAGGAGAAAGCCCAAGUAUGAAGAAAUUUCCAAGGAGCAUUCUGAGGUUCGAAGGGUUUCUCCAUACUUUCAGAAUAAUAAUAUGAAGAAAACAGUUUAUGAGGAAGUGGCUGACAAGAAACAUGAUUUUCAGCUUGUCCCUUCAGUGGGUACCCAUGGAGACAUCUUACAAGACAAUUUGGGUGAUAAUGAAGAUAUACUUGUAAAUAGCAUGAUCAAAUCGAAGAAGCAUGAGCCUGUGGAGGAGCAUCAAAUUCAAAGGGUGUCCCCUUUCUUUCAAAUUAACAGUGAGAAGCUUGAUUCCAAAUCACAUUGGCAUGACUGUGAGACUAGAUCUGUUUCUUUAAUAUACACCAAUGGGUGCUUCCUUGAAGCUAAUUUGACUCAGAAUGGAAAGAUUAAAUCCAAAAAGAAGCAAACAGGCACCGCAGAUAAGCUGCAUGAGAACAGAAGCGCUGCUGAAACAAGUGGUGUUUCACCAAAGACGAAAAUGUUUGAUCAGGAAAUUAUAGCCCAUGAUGCUGUUAUACCUGUUUUCCCUUGUUCAAAUAAAGAUGGGGUUGCAAUUAAAUCUAGGAAGAGGAGAAAGGCUGUGAAUCAGCGAACUGAUGUUGAACAGGAUGAGAUCCGGAAGGUUUCUCCUUACUUUCUUAAAUACAAUGAGAAGAAGACUGUUAGUGUAGAAUCACUUGACCACGAAGGUAAAUUUGAUUCUGUUGCUUCAGGUGCUUGUGGAGUCAUUAUAGAAGACAAUGAACAUAUUGCAAAAAGGAUCAAACCCAAAGUGAAGAAACCUUCUAAGAAGCACACUAUGUUUCAGCAUGCUCAUACUAGAAAGGUUUCCCCUUUCUUUCAAAGUGGCAAUGAGUGGAAGGCUGAUGAUGAAUCAUGUUAUAGUGGUGAGAUUGGAUUUAUUGCUUUGUCAGGUUCUGGUGGAAGCUUCCCCAAAGAUAUGCUGCUGGAGGAUCUAAAUGGAAAGAUUAAAUCCAAAGAGAAGAAGAAAACCAUUGCAGAUAAGCUGCAAGAGAAUGGAAAUAAGAUCGAAAUUAGUAAUAUCAAUUAUAAGAAGAAAGUACCCAAGGUUAGGAAAAUUUUAGUCAAUGGUGCUGUUAGAUAUGUCUCCCCAUAUUUUCAUAAUGCUAGUGGGAAGAAGAAUAAUGUUAAAACCUUGAAUGAUGAAGGCAAGUCUGAAGUUAUUGCUUUACAUACCUCUCAAAACAUAAUGGAUGAUAUAUCGCAGGAAACUCAUAACAUGAGGAAGCAUAAACAACGGGGCAAACAUGAAAGCCAUCUGGGUUCUGUUGCCUUAACUGCUGCUUCUGGAAACUUAUUUGAGGCUGGACUACAAGAAAGUAAAAAUGAAGUUGGAACAGUUAAAAUUCUCCCCAAGAAGAGAAAAAGUAAAAGACCAAAAGCAUUGCAAGAUGCAGAUAUAAAGGUUUCCCCUUACUUUCAGAACCAGUGGUUAGUAGGAUGUGAACAAGUUGACAAGGCUAAGAAAGGGCGGAAAAAGUGUAACAUAAUUAAUAAGCAACUUUCAGCUGAAGAGAAGAAGGAUGAGGCAUACAAAAAAAGAACUCCUGAUAAUACAUGGAAACCACCACGUUCGCCCUUCAAUCUCCUUCAAGAACCUCAUGCUUAUGAUCCUUGGAGGGUGUUGGUUAUAUGCAUGCUUUUGAACCGUACUACUGGUGGACAGGCAGGACCGGUUAUAUUGGACCUGUUCAAUUUAUGUCCGGAUGCAAAAUCUUGCACUCAAGUUGAGCAAGAGAAAAUAGAAGAAAUAAUAAAGAGCCUAGGUCUCCAAAAGAAAAGGUCAAGAAUGUUACAGCGCUUUUCUGAGGAGUACUUGAAUGGAAAUUGGACUCAUGUAACUCAAUUGCAUGGGGUUGGAAAGUACGCAGCUGAUGCUUAUGCUAUAUUUUGUACGGGAAAGUGGGAUCGAGUAACGCCCACUGAUCACAUGUUAAACCAUUAUUGGGAGUUCCUUCAUGAAACCCAUGGGAUGGGAUAUGAUAAGGAGCUUGAUGUAAUGAAAAUACCGGGAGAGAAUGUAAUUUCUAACAUGUGAAUCACUCGUGAAAAUACCACAUUAAGGUAUACCUGCUCCAGUUGUGUUAUUGUUAAUAACAAAAGUCAUUAUCUUCUA